AGUUUUUGUGAAUCGUCAAAGCACCACGGAGAGCACGGCUUGGUCAGUGAGUCAGCAACACUACCUGCCACCUGACUAUGCGUGAACGAAGAGAGGAUGUGCUUUGGAACAAUGGGCAGCAGCAGCAGCAGAAGCGAAAGAAUAUGCUUGUGCCGACGCAGCAUGACCCACCACCUUCCCCCCUCCUAUAAAAGGAAAGACCAAAACGGCUAAGUUCCAAUCACCGCUCUCCCUCCCUCUCGCCCUCUCUCGACAGUGCUCUUCUCUUGAUGGAGGAUUCCAAGCUGAUAGCCGCUGACCACCUGCUGCCCAAAGGAGCGGUCUUGCUGGGCCUGCUGAGACGGGUCCUGUCGUGGGCUCUCAAGCUGAGGGACAGAGCCGCCGCCGCCGCCGCCGCCGCCGCCGCCGUCGCCUUCCCUUCGGUCGCCGCCGUGGAGAGCCCCCGCUCUUGUUCUCCUCCUCCUGCUUCGUCCUGCCCGUCUUCGGAGAUCGCCGGAGACGGCCUCCCUCUGGCCAGUUAUGGCGCCGCCGUGGCCGGGACGCCGGGGGUGAGCUGCGACACCUGCACGGUGUGCUUCAGCCCCCUGGCGGAGGGCGACGAGGUGAGGGUGCUCAGGAACUGCUGUCACCUGUUCCACAGGGAGUGCCUCGAUAGGUGGGUGGGAUGCCAUCACGACCAGGGUCGUGAUGGUCGCGACGACAGCAGCAGCGGCAGCAAUCACAGGAGGUGCCCGCUUUGCCGGGCGCCGCUGUGGGGUCCUCCUCCUCGGCCGAGCUCGAAGCGGGCCGGGGCCGGGGCCGAGCGCGGGUGGAGCGUGAAGAGACUCUGUUCCUCCGUCCGGGGAGGCGAUCCGUAGUGGCGACCGAACUGGUUCCGUUCGGACAUGCCAAGACAUAUGUCUUACAUUUUUCCCUUUUUGUUUUGUAUUUUGAAGUAUGCAUUCCUUUCUAAUUUUCUACUCCUCAGCAAAGAGGAGGAUACUUGAGAUGGAUCCCCUGUUUUGGGGCUUCUCUAUUUAGGAUCAUGUGGAGGUACAAAGUAGGUUUUUUCUUCUUCUUUUUUUUCCUUUCUUUUUCAUUUUUACAAUGAGGUUUUAAGUAUUAUUCGAAUCUCGAAAAACUUUGAAAAAGUC